UUGGUUAUGCAAUUGUGGCCGCCACGUCGUGCUACCAUGCCAUCACCAUUGCUAGAUUCUGUUUUCUUUGGUAAAAUAAUUUUAAUUGGAAUUUUCAUUUCCGAUUUUCCUGUCAAAUUUCGAGAUUAAUGCGACGAACAAUCCAAUUCCAUUAAUUUUCUUUUAUCCGACAGCAGCAGCAAUUAUCUAAAAGUUGACAAUAGUGGACUGACUGCUCAGCUUUUCUCUCAAUUUUUCAUUUUUAUCACGAUCACUGCGUUCCCCACCACCAAACAAGGACUCCAAUCAGCGGAAGCUUUGUAGAAGACUGAAAUUCUAUGCACUUCACAUUCUUCUUCUUCUUCAUCAUUCCAUGUCAAGGUUGUGCUUAAUCAGACACAAGUAGCAGCGUACAUUUUGAUAUCUUUUUUUCAAAAAGCUAUGGUUCUUGGGAUGAAAUCGAAGCACAAAAAGGGCGUAGCUGUUAGAGUCGAAUACAUCGUCCACAUACAGGAGAUUAGGCCUUGGCCUCCAUCAGAAACCUUGAGGUCUGUUCAAACUGUAUUGAUUCAAUGGGAAAAUGGUAGCGAGAGCUCCGGAUCCUUUCUUUCUGUUGCUGGGGAAUCCAACAUUGUAUUCGAUGAGUCCUUCAUGCUACCCACAACUCUGUAUUGGAAGAAGGCCAGAGAGAAGUUUCGUAAAAACUAUUUGGAAUUCAGCUUGUUUGAGCCUCGUAAGGACAAGGUUAGAGGUCAUCUCUUGGGUACCGCUUCACUAAAUCUCGCAGAUUAUGGAUUGAUGGAAGAUAUAUUAGGCCUUAAUGUUCCUUUAACUUUCAAGAAAAGCUCUAAUAACUCAGUGCAUCCGGCUCUGGCCAUUACUUUGGAACUGAUUGAAAAGGAUAGAUCUUACUCUUCGCCUAGUGUUGGUUUUUCAAAUGAAGCAUCUCUGGAUGGUGGUGAUGACGAUGACUCAGAAAUGGCCUCUUAUACGGAUGAUGAUGUCUCUUCACGUUCAUCAAGAACUGCUGGCUCAUCAGCCUUUGAGCUUGGAAUGACUUCACCAUCUCAAAGUGAGAAGAGUGGAUUCGGAAAGCCUUCAUCAGCUGGUGCAUCAUCAGAUACAUGGAAGAAAGUGAAACGCUAUGUUUCUUCAUCCAAACUUACAGAACGAAGCAUGUCAUUUGUCAAGAAGAGCUCUAGUUCCCCCUUAAUCAUAUCUUCUCCCUCAUCUACAAAUUUCCAGGAUAGCAGUGGGGAGUUAUAUGAUACUAGCAAAAGUACUCAACAAAUUCUGCAAGAAAAAUCCUUUGAUAGACUUGCACAUGAAGCUAUGUCAGCUGAUCAUUAUGGAGAACAUGGUGCUAAAUCCAACUCUCUGUACUCCCUUGCUGCUCAAGAAAAGGAGUGGCACUCUGAAGCUUUGCCAAAAAAUGAUGCACAUGCUGGCUGGGCGAAGGUUCAGGAGAAAUUGGGAAGGAAAGAUAUUGAAUUGGAUGAACAGAGUAUUGAGGAAAGAUUGAUGCAGAAAUUGUUGGAAGAAGACGCCACUAGACGGCAGAUUGAAAUGAGGAGUGAUACUCUUGCUCCUAGAAGGAAAGGACCAGCAAUCCCACCAUCGGGUAGUAACAAAUCUCGGCUAAAGCAUGCGAAGUCUGUUGAGAAACAUGGUUCAGUUAAAGUAAAUGGAGUUCUAGCCGACACUUACAUAGGGGGGAAGCCACCAGACUUGGAUAUACUAAAUGGAUUUCAUAAGGUAGGUAAAAUUAGUUCAACAGUUGAAAGAGAAGAAGCGGAAGCUUAUCCUUCUCAUAGAGAAAAUGAAUGGAAAAUGAGGGUUGAGAUGCUUGAGGAAGAAUUGAGGGAGGCAGCAGCAAUUGAGGUGAGUUUAUUUUCCAUAGUUGCUGAGCAUUCGAGUUCUGUAAAUAAGGUCCAUGCUCCUGCUCGGAGACUAUCCAGAUUCUAUAAGAAUGCUUGCAGAACAAAGUCGCAAGCUAAACGAGCUAGUGCAGCAAGAACUGCUGUAUCUGGGCUAAUUCUGGUUUCUAAAGCAUGUGGAAACGAUGUAACAAGGCUAACCUUCUGGUUAUCUAAUUCAAUAAUGUUGAGAUCCACCAUCAGCCAGAUUGCUGCAGAAUUGCCACAUUUCAAUGAACCAAGAAUAAAUAGUAAUGGUGGAAAACUUUCAGAUACAGCUCGUCGUGAUGGACAGCGGUCUAAGUCAAUUGAUGAAUCUGAUGACUUGGAAGACGUCUUGACAUUCCUUAUUGCGCUGGAAAGAGUUGAAUCGUGGCUGUUUUCUCGAAUUGUUGAGUCCAUAUGGUGGCAGACUUUUACACCACAUAUGCAGCCCACUGUUGCCAAAGGCAGUAAUAGAGAAAGAGCUGCAGGUAAAAAGAAAACCAGUUCAAGAAGAAAUUAUAUGGGUAGUCAUGAGCAGGCAAGUUUCUCGAUAGAGUUGUGGAAGAAAGCAUUCAAAGAUGCAUGUGAAAGACUUUGUCCGAUUCAGGCAGGAGGGCACGAAUGUGGCUGCUUGUCUGCACUGGUUAUACUGGUGAUGCAGCAGUUAGUUAAUAGGCUCGACGUGGCAAUGUUCAAUGCUAUUCUGCGUGAAUCUGCAAAAGAUAUGCCGACUGAUCCUGUUUCUGAUCCCAUUAGCGACUCUAAAGUCCUCCCGGUGCAGCCUGGUAAAGCAAGCUUUGGCGCUGGAGCGCAAUUGAAAAAUAUUAUUGGGAACUGGUCAAGAUGGCUGACAGAUCUGUUUGGAUUAGAAGACGACUCAACAGAUGAGGGCAUUGCUGUCAGCAGACUAAAACCUUUCAAAGCAUUUCGUCUCCUCCAUGCGCUGAGCGAUCUCAUGAUGCUUCCCUAUGGAAUGCUUGCUGAUGCUUCCACCAGAAAAGAGGUCUGCCCAAUGUUCGGCCCAGCAAUAAUCAAAAGGGUUCUAAACAACUUUGUCCCGGACGAGUUCAGCCCCAACCCCAUCCCACCCUACAUAAUUCACAUCCUCAGUGCAGAGGAGAGCUCAGAUUGUGCUGAGGAGAUGAUCACAAGCUUUCCCUACACGGCGACUGCUAUAAAGUAUUCGCCGCCUCCAGCAGCUCUGCUGACGUGUGUGGGAGAAGUAGGAAGGCAAGUGCUCAAGAGCAGCAGACUAUCGACAAUCAAGAAAUCAUACAGCAGUGACGAGGAGGUGGAUGAGUUGGAGUCGCCCUUGACCAGAAUCAUCCCAGAUAGCUACCAGAGCUCUGCUGCAUUAGCAAGGCUUAGCCUGAUGCCUAGGGAAAAGGGAGGUACCAAUGCCAUCCGAUAUCAGCUGCUGAGAGAGAUAUGGAGAGAUGAUGAUUAAUAUAUAUCUUCAUUUACUGGAACAUUUUUGUAGACUCAUUAUUAUAUAUAUAUAUAUAUGAAGCCUAUUGGAUCCAUUUGGAUUAGUAUUUCA